CUUUUCGGCACGGCCCACGGCGCAGCGCGGCAUUCCCUGCCGUCUUCACAUCCACAACGCAACCUCAACACGGCAACAGCCGGCUGGAGAAACUGUUACAACACAGAGGCGCGCUUUCUCUUAGAUAUCUGCUUUGAAGCUGGAGCCUGUGACCGCAAUUGCCUCGUUCUCCUGUCUCAUCUACAGGCAAAGACUUUCCUUCAUAUCCUCGACCCAGCUUCCGACUCACCAAUCCCAGGACAACCCGCCACCGAUCCGCUUCGGCUCGGAAGAAGACGAUCGAUUUGAUAGCAAACGGGGUUGCGCAUUUCUUGAGGGCUCAACGCCAGUCAUUUAUUUUCCAUACUUACUCGAGACCCAAUUCAUCAAUCGAUCAACUGGCUGGCCGUAGCCGCCUCUCCUCUCGAAGAUGAAGUUCUUCAUCGAUGAACUGCCUGUUCUUUUCCCAUAUCCCAGAAUCUAUCCAGAGCAAUAUGCGUACAUGUGCGACCUUAAAAAAACCCUGGACGCAGGCGGGCACUGCGUUCUGGAGAUGCCAUCAGGAACGGGGAAAACAGUCUCGCUGCUCUCACUCAUCGUUGCAUACCAACAACACAAUCCCGAGCACAGAAAACUGAUCUAUUGCUCUCGUACCAUGUCCGAGAUCGAGAAGGCCUUGGCCGAACUGAAGGCCCUCAUGAAGUACCGAGCACAAGAGCUCGGCGAAGAGGAGGAGUUCCGCGGCCUGGGACUGACAAGUAGAAAAAACCUGUGUCUACAUCCUUCGGUCAAGCAGGAGAAGAGUGGUGCCAUCGUCGAUGCUCGCUGCCGGAGUCUCACAGCUGGGUUCGUUAAGGAGAAGAAGGAUCGUGGAGAGAAUGUUGACGUCUGUGUCUACCACGAUAACCUGGACCUUCUGGAGCCACACAAUCUGAUCCCCAACGGUGUCUGGACGUUCGACGGCCUCUUGAAAUAUGGCGAGCAGCACAAGCAGUGCCCUUACUUCACCGCGAGGCGCAUGAUGCAAUUCUGUAACGUCAUCAUCUACUCCUACCACUACCUUCUGGACCCCAAGAUUGCCGAAAGGGUGUCUCGGGAACUAUCAAAAGACUGCAUUGUGGUCUUUGAUGAGGCUCACAACAUCGAUAACGUCUGCAUCGAAUCACUUAGCACAGACAUCACGGAAGACUCACUGCGAAAGGCCACGAGAGGAGCACAGAAUCUGGAACGGAAGAUCGCUGAGAUGAGGGAUACCGACCAAGAGCAGCUGCAAAAUGAAUACCAAAAGUUGGUUGAGGGCCUCCGUGGCGCUGAUGAGGCGCGGCAGGAAGACGCUUUCAUGUCGAAUCCAGCACUGCCCGACGACUUGCUCAAGGAGGCGGUUCCGGGUAAUAUCAGGAGGGCCGAACACUUUGUGUCAUUCCUGAAGAGAUUCAUUGAGUAUCUCAAGACCCGCAUGAAGGUCAGACACACGAUAUCAGAGACGCCCCCAUCCUUUCUCGCCCAUCUCAGGGAGUAUACCUUCAUCGAGAAAAAGCCUCUGAGAUUCUGUGCCGAGAGGCUCACGUCGCUUGUGCGGACCCUUGAGCUCACCAAUAUUGAAGACUAUCAACCUCUUCAGGAAGUCGCCACCUUUGCGACUCUUGUCGCAACGUACGAGAAGGGUUUCCUGCUCAUCCUCGAGCCUUUCGAGUCGGAGACGGCAGAGGUGCCCAACCCGGUGCUGCAUUUCACGUGUCUUGAUGCCGCCAUCGCGAUCAAGCCAGUUUUUGACAGAUUCAGCUCCGUCAUCAUCACGUCAGGAACCAUGUCUCCGCUUGAAAUGUACCCCAAGAUGCUGGGGUUCUCGACCGUGGUCCAGGAAUCUUACAGCAUGACCCUGGCAAGGAGGUCGUUCCUGCCCAUGAUUGUUACCCGCGGAAGUGACCAGUCUUCCAUCUCCACCAGUUUUCAGGUCCGAAACGAACCGAGUGUUGUCCGAAAUUACGGCACUCUCCUCACCGAGUUUGCCAAGAUCACACCGGACGGCAUGGUUGUCUUCUUCCCGUCCUAUCUUUAUAUGGAGUCCAUCAUCAGCAUGUGGCAGGGCAUGAACAUUCUCGAAGAGGUUUGGAAGUACAAGCUUAUCCUCGUCGAGACGCCCGACGCACAGGAGACGUCGCUUGCACUGGAGACUUAUCGGACAGCCUGCUGCAAUGGCCGCGGCGCCGUCCUACUUUGUGUCGCCCGAGGCAAGGUCUCGGAAGGUAUCGAUUUCGACCAUCAGUACGGCAGAACUGUCUUGUGCAUAGGUGUGCCGUUCCAGUACACCGAAUCACGAAUACUCAAAGCGAGGCUUGAGUUCUUGCGCGAGACGUAUCGUAUUCGCGAGAACGACUUCUUGUCCUUCGAUGCCAUGCGCCACGCCGCACAGUGUCUGGGUCGCGUUCUAAGAGGCAAGGACGACUACGGUAUCAUGGUCCUCGCAGACCGCCGAUUCCAGAAGAAGCGCGCGCAGCUGCCCAAGUGGAUCAACCAAGGCCUACUCGACGCCGACACGAACGUAAGCACUGACAUGGCCGUCAGUAGCGCCCGGCGCUUCCUCAAGCAGAUGGCGCAGCCGUUCCGGGCAAAGGAUCAGGAGGGCGUGAGCACCUGGAGCUACGAGGACCUGAUGAGGCACAAGGAGAAAACGGACCUGGAGCGCAUCCAGGAGCUGGAGGAGGCCGGCGCCGGCGCCGGCGAUGGCCACGGAGCCGACGGUGGAGACGAAUACGGCAUGGACGACGAUCUUGACAACGACUUGAUGGAGAUUGACGACGGGUUCUGAGACUCCCCCUCCCCAUGGCCGUCAAAUAUCAACAAAUGUGGAGCGGAUUGGUUAUCAAGGGGGGUGGGCAGCCGGCGACGAUCGCAGCAUCCUGUUUGAAUGGGAAAGAAGGACACAUUAGCUUCAAACCAAGAAUGCAGACGAAGUAAACAAAAAUCGACCUCUCAAUCUGGC